UUCGGAAGAAUCUUCAAGUCUCACUUUGGUCCUCCAGUUUGUAGUGUCUAUUGCACACCGCAACUUGGUGGCUCAAGUGUUGCAGGCGGACGGCGCCGUGCCCCAGAGAGCCAACAUGGGGUGCUGGAGCGAGUACCGUGAGCUGCGAUGCCAAGCUGCUGGGCUCAUAACUGUGGAAGAUGAACAGUGGCUCAAGAUGAGAAGUGUUUUGAGACAAAGAAUUAUGAAACCAAAAGAUGUGGCCGUUUUUUCUAGAGAAGUUAACCAAGUGAUUGCUGAUUUAAUUAAAAGGAUCUGCAUCCUGAGUCGGGCGGAAGAUGGAGAAACUUUGACCAUCAAUAACCUUUUCUUCCAAUAUUCAAUGGAAGGAGUGGCCACCAUCCUUUAAGAGCGCCGUCUGGGCUGCCCGGAAAACCAUGUGCUGCCACCAACCGCAGAGUACAUCGAGGCCCUGGAGCUCACGUUUAGCAUGUUCAAGACCUCCACGUAUGAAGAUGACCCCAAAUGGCUCCGCUCCUUCGUCCCAAAGCCCUGGUGGGAGCUCUGCAGGUCCUGGGAUGGACUCUUCAAAUUCAGCCAGAUUCACAUUGACAUCAAGAUAAGGGACAUCCAGUGCCAACUGGAGUGAGGCGAGAGGGUGACCGGGGGUUUUCUCACGUGCCUCAUCCUUGGCCAGGAGCUGAUGCUGGAGGAGAUCUAUGCCAGCGUGACCAAGAUGUUGCUGGCCAGCAUUUCAACUACAUUGUUCACCUUGUCGUGGGCAGUGUACCUCCUGGCGAGGCAUCCGAAAGUGUAGCAGACUGUGUACUGGGAGAUAGUUAAAAAUCUAGGGGAGAGGUAUGUUCCAACUGCAGCAGAUAUCCCCAAAGUGCUGCUGGUCCGAGCUCUCCUUAAGGAAACCCUCAGGCUGUUUCCAGUGCUGCCAGGGAAUGGAUGGGUGGCCCAGGAAGAUCUGGUUAUCAGAGGGUUUCUGAUCCCGAGAGGGACCCAGCUGGCCCUUUGCCACUAUGCCACCUCCUACCAGGAUGAGAACUUCCCCUGAGCCAAGGAGUUCCUGCCAGAGCGCUGGCUGAGGAGAGGAAGCAUGGACAGAGUGGACAACUUUGGCUCCAUCCCCUUUGGCUAUGGGGUUCACAGCUGCAUUGGGUGGAGAGGUGCAGAACUGGAGAUCCACCUGGCCAUGAGCCAGUUGCUUCAACAUUUUGAGAUCAAAACGUCUCCUCAGACUAAAGCAGUUCAUGCCAAAACCCACGGGCUUCUGACUCCUGUGGGACCCAUUCACUUGCGUUUUGUCAACAGAAAGUGA